GCCUCGAAGAAGACCUGUUCUUCCGGGAAAAUGGCGACUCCCGCUCGCGCCCCGGAGUCGCCGCCGGCCGCGGAACCUGCACCAGCGGCGGGGCCUGCCGAGGAAGCCGAGUGCCCGCCUCCUCGCCAGCCUCAGGCCCCGCAGAAUGUCCUUGCUGCCCCGCGGCUUCGAGCCCCAAGUUCCCGAGGACUUGGGGCAGCGGAGUUUGGUAGAGCUGCGGGAGAUGUUGAAGCGCCAGGAGAGACUUUUGCGCAACGAAAAAUUCAUUUGCAAAUUGCCCGACAAAGGUAAAAAAGUGUUCGACAGUGUUGCCAAACUGAAAGCUGCCAUUGCAGGGCGUGAAGAAGUUAGAGGAGUAAGUGAACUCUUUCAUCCUGUUAGUUUAGAAUCUACACUAAAGCAAAAAGCAAAUGCAGACAUUGAUGUGGACAUAGACAAGACCCAAAAUCCUGACGAGAUACUUGAUACUUCAUCCCUAGUUCCUGGCUCUUCCUCUGUAGAUACCAUCAAGUCUUCUCCGACAGCCUCACCCCAAAACGGACUUGUACCUCCUCACGCUGGUGAUGAAGAGCGUCAAGAGGCUGAGCCCCCGGUGAACAGGUGCCCAGCUGCCAGUCCCAGGGCCAGGGUGCUGUCCUCCUCUGAAGCCGGAGAGCAUUCCUCCCUGCAGAGGGCUUCAAGUCAAGUGGAAGACGCUUCCAGCAGCCUUGAUAGUUUGUUUCUUGACAAAUUACAAAGGAUCACAAUUUCAGACCAAGGUGAACACCCCUCCGAAGCAAACACAAGGACCGAGAACUUAACGGCCUUUAGUAGCAGGAGUCAGAGGAAGCCUCAUUACAUGGAGGUGCUGGAAAUGCGAGCCAGAAACCCAGUGCCAACAGCACAGAAAUUUAAAACCAAUGUGUUACCCUCUCGGCAGAGUGAAUCACCUGGUCACCAGCAUAGGGGAGUGUCUCCUUUGGCCUCAGAAGAGCGACUGCGCAGGGACAAGCAGCAUCUUGAUGACAUCACAGCAGCUCGACUUCUCCCACUUCACCAUAUGCCCACGCAACUGCUCUCUAUGGAGGAAUCUUUGACGCUUCAGAAACAGCAGAAACAGAACUAUGAGGAGAUGCAGGCAAAACUCGCAGCACAAAAAUUAGCUGAAAAACUGAAUAUUAAGAUGCAGAGUUACAAUCCAGAAGGAGAGUCUUCAAGGCAGUAUCGGGAAGUAAGGGAUGAAGACGAUGACCAAUCCUCAGAUGAUGAAUGCUGACGAUGGCUGUUGGGAUCAUCUCCUAAAUCUGACUGUUAAUGUCACUGUCUCACAUCAGACUUCCUAAGUAUCAAGAUCAAUGUCAGAUGUUGUUGGGCAAAAGAAUUAUGUGACGUUACCAAGGGUAUCUGUGAACAAAAGCCCAGUUUGUCUUUCAGAAGAUGACUUUCAUGUGCUUGAAGUUUAAUAUUUGAAUAUUGUGUCUAUUCACAUUGUAUUAAAAUUUUGCAGUAUGUUGUGCAUUGGUCUGAUAUUUUAGUAUAUAGUAGAAAAUUUUUUUUCUUUGAGCCAAAUGAAAGCAGAUAAUUUUGCUUUAUUCUUUUACCUCUAUCAAACAGCAUUUAUUACAUCUUUUAUUACAUCAGUGAAAUACUUAGUCAUCCCAGGCACCUGAAGUAAAUUAGGAAGACCUAGUUCCCUCCUUUUUUAAAUAACAAAGGGAUCAGUCUGGAAAAUUAUGUGCAUGUUUGCAUGGGUUUAUUGAGAUACUGGAUGUGAAAUAUCUAGAAAGACACUCAGAAAAUUGCUAAAUGUUGUUCCCUUCUGUCUGACCUUAGGAAAAAUGUUACUUAGAGUAUGUGCUAAAAGGUGGAGGGUCUUUCUACAUGACCAGAGUUGCCUGGAGUACUGUGAGAUACAGGAACAAUCUAAGCCUGGUUAAGCUGGGUGGAAGGAGUAGCUCUAAUGGGCUUCAUCUGACUUGAGUUCAUUGUCUCACUUGAUAGUUUCAUGUAUAGAACAUUGUUUGGUAAGGAAACCAGUAAUUGUUUUUUCAAAGUUAAAAUUGUAUUAUUUUUUUCCUCCAAAGGGGCAUAUGCAAGUUGUAGUUUCAUAAAUGCGUAUAUAGACACAAAAAUACCAUGUUCAUGUCCUUUUAAGUGAUUAUAUGGUGGUUUCUACAGAUUAACACCUAUGUUACCAAAAAAAAAGAUUAUUUGUCUAAAAUGUUUGGGCUUUUUAAAGUGUUGGAAAAUAAAAUAUUAAUUAGAGCAACUUCAAA